AUGGCAAAGGCUGUAAUCGUGAAGUGCUAUCUGCUCUGUUUACUAACUCUUGCACUGUGUUGUGCUUGUGGGUUAGUAUGGGCUGAUAAUCCUAAGACUUCAAAUGCCCUUAUUAAAACUUCUACUGUUGGUGUUCCUUCUCUUGUUCGUCGUGCUAUUCCUGCGUUUAUCUUCUGUUUUGAUAAUGAUGAGGAUGAAGAAUGUCAUUGUGUGAAGGAAGAACACAAUGGUGGGGAUACGGAACAUGUUUCUGCAGAUGGAGAUGGUGUUGCUGGUUCGCAUUCAUCCUUGGACAAUAAAUCCAGUAUUCCUGGCGGUCCAGAUAAUGAGCCAGGCCUUACGCAGGCGGGUGGUGAAAUUCAAAGAGGUUUGGAAAGUAAAAGCGCAGGUCAAUUAAUAAGUUCAAAAGACGAACAUGGUAAGGAUUCUCCACUACUUCCUGCCAUUUCAGCCAAACCACCCCAAGGUGAGGACGGUGUGAAUAGUUUGGUUUCCCAAGCUAACAAAGGUGAUAAUGGUGAGAAACAAAGUGAUAAUGAAAGGAGGGAAUUAUCACAGACAAGUAUCAUCAAUCCUAUACAGGGUGAAAAUGCACAAGAGGAACCAAAUAGAAACUCUGAAGUAACACCUGUUGCUCAAUCUCCCAGUGAUCCCAAUGGAAAUUCUGAAGUUCCACAGACCCCCAGUCCUAAGCCACAGGAACCAUCGUCUGUAAACCCACAAGGGAGUAAGGAAAAGGAACACAACGCCCAGAGUAAUACUGCUAACACUGACAAUUCCACUCUACCAAGUAAGGAUGAAUCAACCACCACCACCACCACAACAACAACAACACUUCCUCCUGAACUCACAAACAACAAGAAGGGUGAUGCAGACAGCAGCAGCAGCAGUAUCAGCAGUUCUGUGUGGGUGCGUGUACCAUUACUGAUUGUGGUUACACUGGCCUGUAUUCUUGUGUGCUGA